AUGUCGUUCUUCCAAUCUCUGCAUCUCAACACCAACAACUCGCGUACAACCCGCACUUUCAAGCCCUCCACGGCCUCUUCCCCUCCCGCACAUCUUCUCAGACAGUAUGCUGACACCACUCUAGGAGCAGGCUCUCUGGCCCAAGCAGUCAAGCUCCCUGAAGGCGAGGAUCUGGCUGAGUGGCUGGCCGUGCACACAGUCGACUUCUACAACCAGGUCAACAUGCUCUACUCAACCAUCACCUCCUUCUGUUCGCCAGCUUCGUGUCCCCGAAUGACAGCCACAGACGAGUACGAGUACCUGUGGCAGAAUGCCGCAUCGGAAAAGUUCAGAAAGCCCACCCGAGUCUCUGCACCCGAGUACAUUGAGCAUCUGGUGUCGUGGGUCCAGGCUCAGCUCGAUGACGAGGCUGUGUUCCCCCACAGACUAGGCGCCCCCUUCCCCAAGAACUUUGUGUCCAGCGUGGUUCCCCAAAUUCUCAAGCGGCUGUUCCGAGUCUACGCACACAUCUAUUGCCAUCACUUUGACCAGAUCAGCGAGCUGGGUCUGCAGCCGCAUCUCAACACGUCGCUCAAGCACUUUGUGCUGUUUUCCAAGGAGUUUGGCGUGGUCGACCAGAAGGAGUUUGCUCCUCUGGACGAGCUGAUUCAGAUCUUGUUGGAUGAUAAGUCUUAG